AAGUGCCUACUUCUACUCUAUGCAUACAAACAAAUAUUUCAAUCCCUUCAAAUUAAAGGUGUCUUCCCAAUCUGAAACUCUGCUCAGAACCCACAUUUUCAUGGCCGCCAGACACUCCCUUGCAAUGGAAAGAACAGGCCAAUGGGUUUUCUCCCAAGAAAUUCCUGCUGAUGUCAUUGUUACCGUUGGGGAAGCUCACUUCUCCCUCCACAAGUUUAUGCUGGUGGCGAAGAGCAACCGCAUACGGCAACUGAUCUUGGAUUCGAAGGAGACAGAUUUGACGAGGAUCGACCUUUCGGGCAUUCCGGGAGGCCCCGAAAUGUUCGAAAAGGCCGCCAAGUUCUGCUACGGAGUCAACUUCGAGAUCACCGUCCACAACGUCGCCGCUCUCCGAUGCGCCGCCGAGUACCUCCAGAUGACCGAAAAAUUUUGCGACAACAACCUCGCCAGCCGGACCGAGGAUUUCCUCUCCCAGGUCGCCCUCUCCACCUUCUCCGGCGCCCUCCUCGUCCUUAAAUCUUGCCAGAAUCUUCUCCCCCUCGCCGAGGAUCUCAACAUUGUCCAAAGAUGCGUCGACACCACCACUGCAAAGGCCUGCGUCGAGGCGAAUUUCCCGACCCGAUCGCCGCCGAAUUGGUGGACAGAGGAGCUAACGAUUCUAAACAUUAAAUUCUUCGAAAGGAUCAUCGCCGCAAUGAAAUCGAGAGGCGCGAAAGGCCUAACGAUCGCCAGCGCGAUCAUUACAUACACGGAGAGGUCGCUGCACGACCUCGUGCGCGAUCACACCGGCAAUGGCGUAAGUUCGUCCGAUGUAAUAGAAACCGAGGCCAGAGCAGGACAACGGGAGCUUCUCGAAUCGAUAGUUUCCUUACUACCUUCCGAGAAGACGGCCUUCCCGAUAAACUUCCUAUGUUGUCUCCUUAGGACUGCGAUCUUCCUCCAGUCGCAGAACAAUUGCAAGAACGAGCUCGAGAAACGGAUAUCGGCCAUCUUGGAGCAUGUCACCGUCGACGAUCUUCUUGUCCUGUCGUUCACCUACGACGGCGAGAGGCUGUUUGAUCUCGAGAGCGUGAGGAGGAUAAUCUCCGCAUUUGUCGAGAAGGAUAAAAACGUCGCCGUGUUCAACACCGCCGACUUUCGAGAAGCGUCGUCGACGGCAAUGCAGAGAGUCGCCAAAACAGUCGAUGCAUAUCUCGGCGAGAUCGCUACGUACGCCGAUCUCAACAUCGCCAAGUUUAACGGGAUCGCGAAUCUUGUGCCCAAAGCCUCUCGAAAGAUCGACGACGAUCUCUACCGCGCCAUCGACAUCUACUUGAAGGCGCAUCCGAAUCUAGAUGAAAUCGAGCGCGAGAAAGUUUGUAGCGUGAUGGAUCCGCUAAAACUAUCGUACGAAGCUCGGGUUCACGCCUCGCAAAACAAACGACUACCUGUGCAAAUUGUCCUCCACGCGCUAUAUUACGAUCAGCUCAAGCUGAGAAGCAAUGCUGGGGAAGAUCACAAGGCGCCGGAUGGCAUGGCAACGCGAAAACAGCUACAAGCUGACGUGUCGCUCGUGAAGGAGAACGAGGCGUUGCGGACGGAGCUUCUAAAGAUGAAGAUGUAUAUACAAGACAUACAAAAAACUCAAGCGACGUCAUCGAAAGCAACGAGUAGCGCCAAGAAGCCGCACACUUUCUUCUCGACGAUGUCGAAGACUUUGGGGAAAUUGAACCCAUUUAAGCACGGGUCGAAGGAUACGUCGAAUCUCGACGACGGAUUGCCGGAGCUGGCCAAGCCUCGCCGUCGGAGAUUCUCAAUUUCUUGAAUAAUGCGGGAAUCUGCGGCCGCUGUUCGAAUUACUCUUUUGUUCUUUGCUUUUAGACAUUUUGGUUUGAUGGAGAUUUUGUGUAUAUUGUUUGAUGCUUGUGAUUGAGUUCAUUGUAUACAUUGUUGAUGUAUAAUAUAAGGUGUUUGAUUGAUUA